GGAAUGGAUUUGUAGACGGGGAGUCGUUGAUCUAUGUGCGCAUCGCGUGACAAAAACCGCCGUGUUUUUAUAUAACACAAAAUAGCCGGUCGCUCUCACGUGUUUAUAUCCAAAAUACUGUGAUAGAUCGCGACGAAUCAACUAACGUGUACGCCACUUCUAUUAUUCUGUCGUAUCUCGGAGCGCGUUGAUCGCGUCCGGCAGCGUGGGGCUGGUCCCCGUCGGAGCCCUGGGAGCGGACGAGAUGGUGCAGGAGGGGGAGGGCGCCGCGGGCGGGCUCAUCGCGCCGCGCCGCCUGCCCAACCCCUGCCUCGACAGCCCGCAGAGGAUGGACCUGCAUCGGGAGCUGUUGUUUAAUCAAAAAAUAGGCAAGAACGUCCUAAACCAGAAGAGCGAACUACAAAAGGCGCUUUCAAAACAUAAAGAAAAGCAGAUCUUAAAUCAAGUUAAGGAACACAAGGAAACCCCAGAACUGGAGCGCGCCAUAGCGGAGCGCGCGCGACGGCUCGAAGCGGCGUCGCCGGCGCCGGAGCCCGACCCCGCCGCGUGCGCCGCACUGCAGGAGGUGCGCGCGCGCCUGCGCCACGCCGCGCCCGGCCAGCCCGCCGCCGCCGCGCAGUGAACACAGUUCGCCCAUAGCCCGCUAGGUGCCGCUAACAUCUAACUUCUAGCCUUACGAAUUUAAUCCCUUCCGAAACUAUUGGAACAAAAAUUGGUAUGCCAAAAAGUAAAUUACAAAUAGAUUUAUUUUUAGCGGCCGAUAUCGACCUCUGAAAUGAACGUUGCCGAUCCUGAACUGCCAAAUUCUCGAUAUAAGGCUCAACUUAUAAUUUUCAACACCCGACAGGAUUUAAUAUCAACAUGAACACACAUUUUAAUGUUUUGAAAAAAAAAAACGGACUAUUCACUCGUUAAUGCUUAAUUUUGUUGACAAAUUUCGGUUUAAAGAUAUUUAUUUCUCAAUAAGAAUAACAAUAAUUCACUUACAUGAGAAACAUACAAUUUAUGUGGGAGGUGCAAUAUUGCUACUAAUUUUAUAUAAACUUAUUGUGAAUGGUCUCGUCAAUGGCUAUAUAGGUACCAUACCUUUUUCUCUAGUGGCAUCUAGUAUCUCGUAUGUUGGUAAAUCUACCCCUUACCUAGUUACAUAUUGUUAAUAUUUUUGCUUAGCGGUCACCCUCAUCAGUAUUCGAUAUUUAAUAUGGCUAAGUAACAACAGUUUUGGCUAAGCUUGAAUAUUGACAUAGAUACUUAAACAAUUUCGAGUUUCCUGUUGAGUAUUACAUACAUACAUUUAUCUUUACAUUAUUGCUAAAUUCUAUAAUGAGUGGAUCUAAAAACUUUGGUAGGCUGUUAGGUAUACCAAAUCCCCAACUUAUAUCCUUUAUUCAAAUUAAUAAAAAUAAUAACUCAGUUUGAUCUUAAUCAAAUAUUAUCAAUACCUAACUAGUAGAGUUAAAAUAAAAUUAUAGCCAUGUUCUUUGUAGCCAUAAAUUAACUGUAGACUAUAAAAUACUUGACGAUUAAUGGAAAUGAAAUUAAAUAUUUACAGCGAGACUACUCGCGCCAUCUAGUAGGGGUUUUGAAUAACUCGUACCGAAUUUGAGUUGGGUGACGGAAACUUCGGGCAUAACUUUGAGGGUUUAUUAAAGUAUAAUAUUGUUGAAUGAGUGAUGCUAUGUUUUGAUAAUAUAAAUAGCAUGAGCAAAUGUGGUAAUACUGGUAAUGUGUGCAGUGUGCUUCGAUAGCGAGUUUUAGUUUUAUGGCCAUUGGUUAACCUGUCGGAUACAGGUAUUUGGGAUACACUUUGGGUGCCACAAAUGUAGUAAAGGUAGAGGUAAAGGUUGCUUUAAUGGCUACUUAGGUGUGAAUAUUAGGCGCUUCGGUCGUCGUUUGUAGAGAUAUACCAAGCUAUCUCUGCGGCUAUCGAUGAAAAACAUCAAACAUUGAAAUAAAACGCUAAGACAAGUUCAUAAGAAUAAUGAGCCUAUACCAAUUUAACACACCUAUGUGUUUCUGUGAAAUUAAUACUUUGGUAUAAUCUAACUAUACCAUAUUUUCAAAUUUUUCGGCAAAUAGGUACUAAAAUUAGUGUUCUAAUGUUUGUGACAUUGCCUAAGAGAUUGCCUAAGAGAGAUAAGAGAGAGAGAGAGCUUGGUCUAACUUUAUCAACUGUGGCUAUUCAAAAUGUACCAGCGACGGCGGAAUCGUCGGAAUAAUAACCCCAUAAAUUAUUUAUCAUCAGGACAGGAUUAUUUUGUUACCGUAUAUUAAGUGCACUAUUAUUUCGGUUCGAUACUACGUAUACUUUAUAAUAUCGUCUCGAACAAACGACUGAGAAGGGACUGCAUGAGGUAUCUAAUAAUAAUAAGGGUAACGUCGACUUGUAACCAAGAGAAUGAAAUAUUUUUCUAAACUUUUUAAUGUCACAAACUUAACAUUUUGUCGUCUGUAGAGUUCAUUUGUAAGCAUUUACUGUUCUCGUUAACUCCUUACUUGACUAUCAUAGUAACCAUGUUUAGGCAUGUACGUGUAUCGAGGUAAUGUGUAAUAUUAACUAUUUUAUUACAUUCUUAUAGAGAGUAGGUAAAUGUUGAAAAAUAAUAUAGAAUGUAUUAUUAGUAAAAAUAACUCGUAAGCGUGAUUUAAAUGUAAUAAAUUAUUUUAAUUACAAUAUAGUAUUCUUAUGAAUUGUAGAAUCAACGAUAUAUUCAGAAACAACCCAUAGAGCUAGAACUAGUUUAUUUACUGAUGAAUAUGUAUUGCACAAGUACUCAUAUGAACUUAUCAAGUGCACCAAUAAAUACCUAUAGAUGACCAGUACGUUUGAAAGUGUUCAUAAAAGUGAUAGAUGAUAAUAUUUUUGUAUACUCCAUGAAUUUUUAUAAUGGUUGAUUUCUUUGGUUACCCUAGUCCUACGCUUAUUCAGUGUUUAAAAGUUGACUAUCUAAUUGUAUCAACUCAAAUUGAAAUCAAUUGAUUCGAAAUUAUAAUGAUACCAAAUCUUUGUAUGUCUAUUCAAGUUGGUUUAGGACGUGUAACGAAUCUCUGGAUAAUUACUAUAUUAUAAUAACUAUAACAUAACCACAUUCUACCUUUAUAUGCUGCUGUAUCGUGAUUUUAUAAAUUGUAACUUUCAUUUUUGUUGCUCUCCUAAUAUACACAAAUGGUAUAACAGUUCAAAUUAUGACCAACCCUAUAAAAUGUAAUUUCUAAAAAUAUUGGGUUCUCUCCAUUGUGCCUAUUAUAUAUAUAUACAUAUACUAGUUGUUAUUUACUUUCAGAGUAUUAAUUAUUUGUAUCAGAUUAAGGUAGGGAUAUUAUAAGGAAGAGAAUUCUCGGAAAGCUAAGAAAUUUGAAUACCAUUCCACUUGUUAUACUUUCACUUCAAUGUUUUUUUUAUUAUUAUUGGGAGCUGCUUUUUCUAUGUUAAGUGUUAAGUUGUUCGUGUCCUAGUACAAAGUCUUCAGUGAAGGGCUAUUGUUUACCUGAGCUUUGUGUAAGCAACGUGGCCAUUUUAUUUGGAUAAUUUAAUGUGAAUUAUAGUAUUAAGUAAGUUACUCUUCGUAAUGGCAGACAACGUUUUCACAAUGAAAACUGUAUUAAGAAAUCAAUAAUUUCAAUAGACAAAUAAAAGUGUUUUAGCAAAA